UAUCCCUUUAAGGACGGCGGGGCUGCGCGAGGGCCUCGCUCUGAGCCGGAGCCUGCGCGUCCGUGUCCGCGGCGGAGGCUGCGUGUGCCGAGGGUCCGGGGCGACGAGCGGGGCGAUGCUCCGGCUGCGCGGCUGCUGCGCGCGUCCCCGCGGCGCCCCGGUGCGGGCCGAGCGGAGCCGGGCGAGCAGCCGCGCCCUGCGGGUGCUGGUGGACAUGGACGGCGUGCUGGCCGACUUCGAGGGCGGCUUCCUCCGGAAGUUCCGCGCGCGCUUCCCCGACCUGCCCUUCGUGGCGCUGGAGGACCGGCGCGGCUUCUGGGUGUCGGAGCAGUACGGACGUCUGCAGCCCGGGCUGAGCGAGAAGGCCAUCAGCAUCUGGGAGUCAAAGGAUUUCUUCUUUGAACUUGAGCCUCUUCCGGGAGCUGUGGAAGCUGUGAAGCAGAUGGCCAAUCUGCAGAACACUGAUGUCUUCAUCUGCACAAGCCCCAUCAAGAUGUUCAAGUACUGUCCCUAUGAGAAGUAUGCCUGGGUGGAGAAGCACCUUGGCCCCGACUUCCUGGAGCAAAUCGUGUUGACCAGAGACAAGACUGUGGUCUCUGCCGACCUUCUCAUAGAUGACCGGCCGGACAUCACAGGGGCUGAGCCGCACCCCAGCUGGGAGCACAUCCUCUUCACUGCCUGCCACAACUACCACCUGCAGCUGCAGCCCCCUCGCCGUAGGCUGCACUCGUGGGCAGAUGACUGGAAGGCCAUCUUGGACAGCAAGCGGCCCCACUGAGGCCUGUGCUUUGGCUCUCCCGUGGUCCAGCAUGGGGCUUGCAGCUCAUGACUGGAUAGCCAACAGCCCACUGAAGGCUGUGCUGCAGUUCCUUGAUACUUCCUGGAGGACCCCAACAAACACUUUGGUCAAAACAACCUCUUGACCCACUUCCUUAGCCCACCAAGGCCUUAACCUGAUAUGGGGGCUAGAAGAAAGGCAUAUGCUCCCAGGCAACUUGGUCUGACCUCAGGCAGUGGCCCAGUGCCCCUCCCUCUCACUGCAUACAAUAGGGGUGUUCUCUAAGGGGUCCCCCGGCCCAGGAUCUGCAAGGUGAGGCGUGUCAAGGACAGAUGACAGAUUCCCCUGGCAGGUAUGUGCCCUUCCACCUCUACCGUGGAAUCUGGUCCAACUUACCCACUUAGUCUGUUCUGGCUUCCCAAGGCCACCAGGAACUUUUGGAGUCCAACAGUGACCCUGCCUAUGGCCAGUGCUGUGCUCUCUUACCCUGGUGUCCCUAGAUCCCAUUCACAGUGCAGAAAGGAGUCAGCAGGCCUGAACAUUUGUUUGACAACAGGAGGAAUAAAUGCUAUUCACAUAUA